CGCCGCCCGCCGGUACACGCAUGUACGUAAUGACCACGGCCAAAAGAAUCAAAUGGCAAAGCUAGCCAAGUGACGAGCCCCGGAUUCUCAUCCCCCGGCUUAUAUCUCGCUCGCGUCACUGGUGACCGACCGUGGAGCACGCUGCAGACACACAGCGCAGCACACGGAGUGAGUGAGUGACCAUGGGAGCGCUCUCGGCUGUCGCUCUCGAGCCCGCAUUAAUACGCGUGCCAUUACUAGUAGGAGUACUGCUGCGCUGAAACUCCAGCCCCUUCCCCUCCCCCUCCCUGCCCGCCGCUGCCAUCCCGAUCCGGCGAUCCGGCCAAGAACGGACCAAUGGCGUCGGCGCGCCGCCUGCUGCAAACCUACCCGGGCCAGUUCCAGGCCGCCGAGCCGCCCGACGCCCUCGGCGCCGACUCCGACGUCGUCGUCAUCCUCGCCGCGCUGCUCUGCGCGCUCCUCUGCGUCGUCGGCCUCGCCGCCGUCACCGGCUGCGCGCGCUCCCGCCGCGACGCCGGCGGCGCCAGAUCCGCCGCCUCCUCCUCCGGCCCCGGCGCGAGCAAGGGGCUCAAGAAGAGGGCGCUCAUGGCGCUGCCCAAGCUGGCGUACGAGGACGCCGUGGCGGCGGCCGUCGCGGCGCGCGGGGGCCCGGCCGCCGCGGCGCAGGAGGGGAUCCUCUCGGAGUGCGCCAUCUGCCUGUCGGAGUUCGCGGAGAAGGAGGAGAUCCGCGUGCUGCCGCAGUGCGGCCACGCGUUCCACGUCGCCUGCGUCGACGCCUGGCUCCGCGCGCACUCCUCCUGCCCGUCCUGCCGCCGCGUCGUCGUCGCCGACGCGCCGCCCCGCAAGACGCCGCCCGAGCCCAAGCGGUGCCGCAAGUGCGAAGCCAUGGAGGAGGCGUCCUCCUCCUCCGCCUCGGCGACCGCCGGCGACAACGGUGCCGCUCGUUUCAUGCCGUGACACGCUCUAGCAAGUGAGUCCCGCCCGGUCCGGACAUGGCAAUGGCAUGGAUGCAUAAUGUGUCUGUGCAUUGUGAAUCAGUGAAUGUGAGUUUGGCAUCGAUGUCUGUACAUUCUCUUUGACGUGACUGCCUGUUUUCAUGGACUCGAUCAUGAAGUAGGUUUUCACUCUGAAAUCCCUUGAAUUUCAGUUGACAUUUCAGCAAUUUCAGUA